AUGGCAUACUAUAAUGAUUCAGAGGAUGAAUUCAAAGCACUGCUAGACUGUAUCCCCGUUGUUAGGUUAAGUGGAGUUCCCCAAACCUACGCUAGAUUCUCAGUAGCUAGUAUAACUUUAGCAGCACCGUGCUGUUCGACCCCACCACCACCGUUCGAAGAGGCACCACCGAGGACCAGUAGAACCAAUUCCUCGUCAACAACCUCGUCCAGUGCGUCACGACGCCGUGGGGCUUCCAGUGCGAGUGUCAUGACGACGUCGUCGGCUUCGUCUUUGGCACUCACUCCAGCUGCCUUGAGUAGCGCCAGGAGCAAUGAAGCAAGUGUCUGCUGGACUCCUCCAGCAUCUGUUGAGGGAUCGACUCCAACGUGGACAGAGGGUACUCCGAGUUUUACAGAAUCAAGUAGCAGUGAACAAGGAUACCCAAUGACUCCAGGUCGUGGCGGCACUCCCAUCGAAGGUCGAAGGUCUCCACGCCCAGCCCCACCACCGAGAGCCACACCCAUCAACUGUCUCACUACGGAAGUGGUGAGCGAUGAACCAUCCCGUGACGGCCUAAGCCAAGUUCCCAGUCUCGCAGGAGACGUCCUGGUGAUGCAUCCCGAGCCUGAGUUGUCAAGGCCCUUCAGCGAGAACAGCUCUUCUUCCCUACAGCAAGAUUCUAUUAAAAAGCCUACGGGAGACUUCGCCCUAGUUCUUGAUUGGCUAUGA